CGCUUUCAUUAAUUGUUAAGAUUACACUAACUCUUCAUUUUUUUUUGAAUAAAUGAUAACUUAUACUACUAUCAAAUAUUUCGCAUUAAAACAAUCAUAUUGAUAUCAUUUUACCCGUGAAUAUUUAAUUUAUUGAAGUUCUGGGAAUAGUUUUUUUCCCUUCUGAUCUCACUAUUUAUUCAACGAAUCGAAUCAUAUCUAUCAUAUGAAAAGAACUUCAACUUUCUGAAGAUGAAUACAACCAAUUUGUCAAAUGAUAAUAAUAAUUCUUAUCAAGAAGCUACUUCAUUUCAAACAACUUCUAUUGACUAUCAUUAUAUAAUUGCUAUAGCAUAUGUAUUUGUUCAAACAACAAUUUGUUCAAUUGGAUUUUUAUUGAAUUUGAUCAAUUUCAGUGUAUUUAUACGUAAAAGGUUUACAGCAUCAGCUUAUGUAUUGAUGACAGUUCUAUCAUUGGCUGAUGCAAUAACAUUAGGAGUAAGAAUACCUCAAGGGUGUAUUUUCCUUCCACAUCUAAGUCAUCAUGCAACUGAUGCAGCUAUAUAUAUUUACAUGUAUAGUAUAUAUGUUGAAACUCCAGUGACAAAUAUGUCAGAGAAUAUCAGUGCUUGGUUAACUGUUGCACUUGCAAUUGAACGUUAUAUAAGUAUGAAACAUUGGUCAAUUUCAAAAAGAUAUUUUACACGUAAAAAUACACGUAAUUUAAUUUGUAUAAUAUGUAUAGUAGCAUUUAUUUUCAAUAUACCAUAUUUUGCUAUUCAAAGAGUAUCAUUAAAAUAUGUAAAUGGUGUACUACAAUUACACAGUGAUUUAACAGAUUUCUCAUUAUCAAUAUAUUAUGCAUUCUAUUCUUGGUUACGUAUUGUAUUUGUUCAGAUUAUUCCAUUAUGUUUUCUAUGUUUAUCUAAUUGUCUAUUAUUUAUUCUUGUAUCACAACAUAAUCGUCGAUUUACAAAUCAAACAAAUUGCAAUUCUCAUAGUUCACAAUAUAAAUCAUCUAGAAAGAAUUUUAAUAAUGAUAUCAAUGUAAAUGAAGGUAAAAUUCAAACAGAAGUUAUACAACAUGAUUAUUGUACAGAUAGUUCAAAGUAUUAUUGUAAACAAGAGAUAGAUAAGAAAUGCAAAGUUCAAUCUCUUAAUGUUUCUUUAGUUAUCGGUGGAACAAUAAAUAUGCCAAAUGAUACUGAGAUGAUAUCUUCAAGGAAUACUAAUAAUAAUAUGAUAAAUACAACAAUAAAAUCAGAUCUACGUUCAAAAAGACGACAAAAUGCUCAAUCAAAGUUGACUAUCUUAUUGAUUGGAGUUAUCUUAUUAUUUCUAAUUGGUCAAGUACCUCAAGCAUUAGCUUAUGUCAGAGUAUUCACUGUACUUGGUGUUUGUUCAAUUGAUGAAAUACAAACAUGUAUAGCAUAUCAAAUGUAUCGAAUGAUUACAAUUAAUUUAGCUCAGUUUGCAUUUGCAUCAACUUUUGUCUUAUAUAUAUUUCUUAAUAAAGAUUUUCGUGAAACACUUAAGUAUACACAUUGUCAAAUUUGCUUAAAAUAUUAUAAACAAACUGAUAAUGAACAGCAUACAUUGAGAGAAACAAAUUAUAUCAGUGAAUAAGGAUCCAACUUAUCUAAAAUGAUAAUAAAAGCCAAAAGUUCUUUAUCUGAUGAGUUAUAUAUAAUUCACUGUAAUGAUUUACUUGUAGUUACUGUUUCACUGUUAAAAUUUUUUUGUUCUUUUCCCCUAGAACAAAAUGAAUAUACAGGUAUCCGAAAUGAAUGAUGAUAGGCAGAAUAACUUCAAUGAUUAUUGUUUCAAUAUGAAUUUAACAAACUUAACCAAUAAUUAUUUUGUAUAAUUCUACUCGAAAAUAAAGUUUACCUAUUAUACUG